AUGUCUCCCAAAGUGCAUUCAUGGACUGAAGAUUACUCCAAUGUUCCAUCAGGCCGCCUAAGCCUGAUGAGGUUCGUCGACUUCGCCAUCGACCUUGCGGCAGUGCUCAAUGCCUCUCGAGGUGUCGCCGCUAAGCAUGUCGCGCUCCGAGGUCGUCAAAUCGAUACCUACAGUCGAACUUCGAGCGUUGCCGCGGCAUUGAGGAAGCGAAAUGCUCAAAGGAGCUCACCGGCGGGGGAGAAAGCACAGAAUGCUACGGCGGCAAGCGAUGGGGUCAUAUACGAGCAAGCUGCAACGGCAGCACGAGAGACGAAACCUAUAGUCGAGACUCCGAAACAAAAUGCUCCGCCUGAAGUGACGAGAACCGAAAGAGCACCCUUCAAUAGCCCGACACCCAGUUUCAGGCCGAGCCUACAGCAACAGGUUACAUCGGAACCGGCGAAAGAGGAUGACCUUGAUCUACCGCCUGGAAUCGAUGUCAAUAUCUUCCAUACCGCGAGAGGUUCCAAAGUCCUCGACUCUCUACGAAAGCAAGGUCGGCCCGGAGCACCUCCUGCACGCCCCGGAGUUGGGGGUCCUGUGAAGCCACAUCCCAUGCGAGACUGGCCUCCGCGCCCACCACCCCUCGAAGAGAGCUUUGAAGAGGAGACCGUAAAACCUCAAGAGCCAGUGUCCAAGCCAGUGGAGCCCGUAAAGCCUGUAGAGCCUGUAGAGCCAGCCGAGAAAGAGCCCUUGGUUGAGAAGUUUGUGCAGAAGGAACAGUUGGAGGAGAAGCCCAUUGAGCAGAAACCGGUGGAAGCAACCUCCGUACCUGAGCCAGAAAAGGCCACUCCGUUAGCCCCUACAGCCGACAAAGAGAUCGACGAGGAUGUCAUUCAAGCCGCCAGAGAGAUUGCUGUUUCCUCAGCAACGCCAUCAGAGACGCCCUAUGCUUUACGAGAAUCCAAGGUCCCCUCGUCUCGUAUCAGCCGAAUCUGGAACUAUAGUGGUCUUGCAGCAGGUAUGUUGGGAGGCGCCAUGACCGAAGGCUUCAGUCGAGCCUUUGGCGGUGGUGGCGAGGGAUCUGUCCUCCUGAGCGAGAAGAACAUGGAACGUCUGGUAGCAAAGCUCUCGCGCAUGCGUGGUGCUGCUUUGAAGCUUGGCCAGAUGAUGAGUUUCCAGGACACCAAGAUGCUGCCUGCGCCCAUUCAACAGGUGCUCCAGCGUGUUCAGGAUCGCGCUGAUUACAUGCCUGCCUGGCAGCGUGAUCGUGUAUUGGUAGCAAACCUCGGUCCUGAGUGGAGAGAGCUCUUUAGCGAUUUUGAGGAGAAGCCCAUCGCCGCUGCUUCUAUCGGUCAGGUUCACAAGGCCACAUUAAAGAACGGCAAGCGAGUCGCUGUCAAGAUCCAAUUCCCUGGUGUCGCUGACUCGAUCAACUCGGACCUCGACAACCUGAGCAUUCUCCUCACAGCUACCAAGCUACUCCCUAAGGGUUUGUACCUCAACAAAACCAUCGACAAUGCACGAUUGGAGCUCGGUUGGGAAUGUGACUAUGAGCGAGAGCUUCAGUGCGCUCAACGCUACAGAGAGCUUCUCGGUUCAAGCGAGAAGGAUGUUUUUAUGGUGCCAAAUGUUUAUCCCGAGGCAUCGGGUAAGCAAGUACUCACCAUGGACUUCAUGGAUGGUAUUGGCGUGACUCGCAUCACCUCUUUCACCCAAGAGCAACGCGACUGGAUCGGCACACAGAUUCUUCGUCUCUGUCUCCGUGAGAUCACAGAGUUUCGUUUUAUGCAGACAGAUCCAAAUUGGACAAACUUUCUCUACAACGCGGAUGUCAACAAGCUCGAGCUGCUCGACUUUGGCGCAUCUCGCGAAUAUCCUGAUGCGUUUGUCACACAAUAUGUGCAGCUUCUCGCUGCAGCCUCUCGAUCCGACAAGGCCGCUGUCAAGGAGUUGUCAGAGAGCUUGGGCUACCUGACAGGCCAUGAGAGUCGCAUCAUGGUUGAAGCACACACAAAGUCUGUUCUUACACUUGCGGAGCCUUUCCUUGCCAACGCACCUGAUAUCUAUGAUUUCAAAGACCAGACGAUCACGGAGCGUGUCAAGGCUCUCAUCCCUGUCAUGCUCCACGAGCGACUGGCACCUCCACCAGAAGAGACAUACAGUCUGCACCGAAAGCUCAGCGGUGCGUUCCUCCUGUGUGCCAAAUUGGGUAGCAAGGUUCCUUGCAAGUCCAUGUUUGAGGAUGCGCUUGCCAAGGGGGGAUAUAGUAGGUGA